UGAAAGGAAUGGGGCUCACCUCGCUCCCAUUGCUUUCAGUGGGACUACUCUAGCGACGGAUCCAACCCAUGCAAUGGGAGGGGAAGGACGUUUGGACAGCAAGGUCUCUGGAGCAGGUCCUGUGUCCCAAUUGAUGCUCUUUCUGGCAACCCCAUGCACGCUCUGGGUGUUGCCAGCCACAAAGAGACACCGCGUCCCUCCUGUUCUCGCACCUUCACUGUAUUGGUAUUUGUGGUCUCCUUUUUCCAGAACCUCAUCUCACCUGCAUCUCUGAUUCAGAAAGCUCUUUAUCAGUCUCUCUGACCUGAUUCACAUGACCAGCACAGCCCCCGGGACCAGGUUGCCAGUUCAUGCCCUACCAAGUCUUGUACUGUCUGAACCUAGCAGUUUGGUCAGGCAGUUAUCAAACCAGCCAACAACCCUACAGCUGGUUGUGGGUUCUGGAUGGUUUGCUAAUCACCUGGUAAGCCACCCUUCUUGAGUUCAGACAUUGCAAAGACCAGCACCUCUUGGAGAUAAUUGGGGGCUUGAAUUGGCAUGUGGCUGGCACAUGUAGACGUGAUCAGCAAGCCCUGUGGCUCAUUCACCACCCUCCUGCUGCACCAGGCCUCUUUCCCUGGCUGGGUUCAGAAAACACAACAACCCAAACUCAAGGGUUGAGCCUGGGCUAAGUUUGGAUUGUUGCUGAAUCUUGUAUUGUUGAUGCAAAUAACCAUGAAUAACCCACGAAGGCCUAUAGUUGUGAAUGGUGGGUUGUUUGUGGUUAGCAAACCACAUGGUUUUGCUCACAUGGCUGGCUUCAGGAAUAGCCCACAUUUCCCCAGCAAUGCAGUCAAGGGUUUGGGUGACCCUGCUGUCUGCAGCCAGUCUUUCUCUGCGCAGCCGCGUUGCAAGGACAGGCUGCCGGAGGAUGCCGGCAGCAGCGCGCCUAGCCAGCCGUAGUCCUGGAGGGCACGAGGCUGUGGAAGGACCCUAAGUUCCACUGCCUUUUAUGGGAAGAAAGGAAGCCGUGGCAGGGGCAGAAGAAAAGACGCGAGCGGGUUGAGGACAGCUCCGCGCCACGAGCUCCGCCUUCCCCAGCAGCGCGCUGCGAAGUUCAGGCGCGGCUGCGCGGCUGCCUUGGCGCCCUUUCCUGGAAGCGGUUCUUAGCUGAAGUGGAGGGAGAUGGCGAACUUGUCGGUCCGCGACUGCCUCGUGGCCGCCUUGGAGGACCUGGCGAACGACGAGCUGAAGAGGUUCAAGGCCAAGCUCAGCGAGCUCCCGGUCAGGGAGGGCUACGACAACCUCCCCCGAGGGAGGCUGCAGAAGGCGGACGACUUGGACCUGAGCGACCUCCUGGUGAGCCACUACACGGAGGGCUACGCCGUGGAGGUGGCGGCCGCGGCGCUGGGAGCCAUCAACUGCCAGCCCCAGGCGGAGAGGCUGCGCAGAGUCAUCCGCAGGGACGCGUAAGGGGCAAGGUGCUUGUAACUCCCCGUGCCAUCCGUCAGUGGCAUCUCCAGAAGAACCUUCCCUGUAUGCCCAGAUACUGCCAGUUUCCAAAAACAUCUGGGGGCCCAGAUGCCACACUUCAGUCAUGACAGCCUGGCAAAAUCCUGAUUCACUGAUGCCAUAUGUGCCAGGUUUAUCCCAAAGGAUUUAAAUGGAAUUUUACCAGUGCAAUGUUGAAAAUGUUCUCAGGGAAAUCCCUGCCAUCACAUAACAAAACUACAGUUUCCAGGACUCCAGAAAAAUAGAAGGUUGUGGACCAAGUUUCAGUUCUUUUGCACCCGACCACAUGGCGUGGAUGUCUGUCCGGCUUUCUCUCACACUCUGUGUUUUUAAAAAAUCUCAGGUGCUUGCCAUCUUGUUUAUAAAUGAAUUUGCACAUUUGGUUAAGUUCUUAUAUUUGAAAAAAAAUGAACCAGGCAAAGUUCUUGCUUAAUCCUAAUCAUUCCACAUAUCAUCAAGGGGUGCUGGAAUAUCAGAUCCAGUAGACUGUCACAGCAGACCUAAAAUGGCAACCUUCUAAAUGAAGAACACCAAAACUUCUCAAGGGGACAAAAGUAUAAAAUGGGGAAACUCUGCUACUUGGUGGGGCUCCUGUAAGAAUAAAGGAACUGAAACCAUGUUCAUGUUUAUAAAUCUUGAAUAUGAGGCAAUGAAGAUGACAAAUAAUACAAUUCUGGGACACACAGAAUUCCCCCGUAUGCCGUUUUUCUUCUAAUAACCCUAUAAUGUUACCUUCCAAGCAAUCAGUGUUUAAGUUCAAAUUCAUUUGCCCUCUGGGGCAAAAUACACAAGACGCAUUGUGCUGUUGUGCUAUUAUCUGCAUUCCAGGUUUACACCCAGUGUCCAAGUUGUACAUUAACUCAUCAAUAUUCAAAACCUGUAUUUUUUAAAGAGAUGGAUUUCUAGUCCUCAUAGUUGCAGAGGAGUGUAAGAAAAUGGACACAUCACACCUAGCCCUCAAUAAAAAUUAAUUAUCUCUUCUCA